AUGGCGGCCCCUUCCCUUCAGAGAUCUGUCGAGACGUUCAGGAGGUCGGGCUCAUCGGGGUUGGUAUGGGACGAUAGGUUCACGGAGGACAUGGGCGUCGGCAAGUCCAAAGUGGAAGCCGCGGAGUUCAGGGAGCUGAGACAUGCCUACAGUGUUGGGACCAUCGGGCAAGCGGAUCACCGCCGCUACAACAACGCCUGCCGUCUGAGCCGGACCAACAUGGCGUCUCCGGCCGUCGACCCGCCCUCUCCCAAGCUCUCUCGCUUUGGCCUCCUGGGGAUUUUCGCGAAUUCCCGUACUGAAUCACUCACUACAAACGAAUCCAAGACGCUCAGGCACCGCUAG